CCCCGCCCCGGAGCCCGCUCCCCAGGACGCCGCCGGGGCCAUGGCUGCGGGAUCCGAACUUUAAACACUUCUCGCCGGACCGGAGCGGAGGCGCAAACCCCGGAAAGGCUGGCUCCACCAUGGACUGUAGCUGCGUCUCCGACCUUCUCUUCGCCCCGCCCGCCCUGCCGGCUCUCUGGACCCCCGGGUUUGCCUUCCCAGAUUGGGCCUACAAGCCGGAGUCGUCCCCUGGCUCGAGGCAGAUCCAGCUGUGGCACUUUAUCCUGGAGCUGCUGCAGAAGGAGGAAUACCAGGGUGUCAUCGCCUGGCAGGGGGACUACGGGGAAUUCGUCAUCAAGGACCCUGACGAGGUGGCUCGGCUCUGGGGCAUCCGCAAGUGCAAGCCCCACAUGAAUUAUGACAAGCUGAGCCGGGCCCUGCGCUACUACUACAACAAGCGGAUUCUCCACAAGACCAAAGGGAAGAGGUUCACCUACAAGUUCAACUUCAGCAAAGUCGUGCUGGUCAACUACCCGCUGUUGGAUGUGGCAGCAGCCACCACGGGCUCCCCACUCUUGCUGACCCCUGGUCCCUUUGGGGGGACCCCUGGGCCAGAUGCUCCUCCCCUUACCCCUGAGACCUUGCAGACCCUGUUCUCUGCCCCUCGCCUGGGAGAGCCAGGGGCCCGGGCGCCCCUGUUCACCCCUGAGACAGACAAACUGCGUCUGGACAGCCCUUUCCCGUUUCUGGGCUCCGGUGCCACCGGCUAUUCCAAGCCCCCUGGCCUGCUGGGUCCUUAUGGCCGCGCCUUCCCAGAGUACCCCUGGAACUUUAAUCCGUACCUCACCGGCCCCUUCCCCAAGCUGCCCCCCUCUCUCUACCCCCCACACUUCUACCCCAACCCUCUGGCCGGUCCCCUGGGCCACCUGCCCUCAGCAGGGGCAGGGGGAGGCCCCACAGCUUCACCCCUGCUGGCUGCGACGGGGGAGGGCCUGGGCCCUGAGCGCCCCUCGGGCCUGGCAGCCGCCCCUCGCCUGGCACUGCCCGGAGCUGGGGGUCCAGAGGCUGCGCUGGGUGGGAAGGAGGACAGCGACUCGGAGCUGGAGAUCACUGAUGUCAGCGGCUGCAGCUCUGACAGCGAGGGCGACGAGGGCCUCCCUGUGCCGCCCAAGGCCAAGGCGAGCAAAGGGGGGAUCGGCAGCUGAACCACCGUGGGGUAAAGGAUUCUGCCAGGG